AUGAGGUAUUUAGAAGGCCCGUCGAUGAAGGCAGCGUAUUACGGAGCUCUUAACACAGAUAUUCUUCGCAUCAGCACCAGCACUUCAGACCAACCGACUCUUGACUUUCUGCCCAAAAUUAGGGAAGUGGCGAAAUCGCUCUCCAGUGGCACAGAUGAGGUGGCAGGGGCGCUCGGAAGGGUAAUAACUGCUGCCAUAGCGUGCGUAGACAAGAUAUCGUUGGACCGGAAGGUAGAUGUUCAACGGCUGAGUUCACUAGCGGCAAAUUCACAAGGGAACAAGUCACUGCAAGAGCUCAUAAAAGGUACAGUCAACAACGGUGCAACGUCGCCUCAGCUUUUGCGGGCCCCGUCAGGCUUACUUGGCGAUCCUUUUCAAAUGAGACAGUGGUACUUGCACUCGUUUUUUGGGAAUUUUACCGUUGAAGCCGACAGGACAUGGCAGAAAUUAGAGGCGACAGAAAAUACAAACCCUGUGGUGCUGGCGAUAUUGGAUACUGGAUGCUAUUUGCACCAAGACUUUAUUGACGACUUUGAUAUUGCAAAGAGCAUAUUUUGGGACAAUGCAGGCGAGACAGAUUGCUCUGAUGGCAUCGAUAAUGAUGGAAAUGGCUAUAUUGACGACUGCUUUGGCUGGAAUUUUGUUGAAGACAAUGGACACCCGUUUACAGAUGAUUCCGGUCACGGCACAUCAGUCACCUCCGUGGCGGCUGCUCGUGCUCAUGACGGAAAGGGAGGCCGAGGUGUUCUCCCUAAUCCGACGGUGAUGUGUCUUCGUGUUGGGAGCGAGCGAGGUGUCUGGACCUCUGCAACUAUCCCGGCUCUUGACUACGCGGUGAAGAUGAAGGCCCGGAUCUCAAACCACUCUUACGGCGGGCCGGGGUAA